AUGACAUUGAUUCGCACCGUUUGGAUUGCUGUUGUUGGCUACCUGUCGUUUGGUCCAAUAGUAGCCCCUUUCCCUUGGCUUGGUUUCUUGGGUGGCUUUGUCAAGCUCAUUGGCUUUAUGAAUGGGGGCACCCUUCUUGUCCUCCAUUCCCUUAUGUUGCUGGCAUAUGCAAGUCUUUUCUGGUUAGGAUUGGUCUCUCGGGAAAGUCUCAAGACACCAGCAACAAUCUCGACAUUGGCGACGAUAGGAAUAUUUAUUCCGACCGUGUUGUGCUUGUUGACCUGUUCCCCCGAGUGGGUCAACCCAGGACAGGCAACAAACCAAGGAAUCCUUUCCGUGAUUCAGCGUGUGUCCCAGCCCAAAGGUAUCUCGUGGGCCAAAUGGAUUACGCCUCCCCAGACUUGUCCUUCUUUGGAUGGAUUGGAAAACAUUACAACCAUCUACCGAAGAUCUGUCCCUCCGUAUGGGCCAAGCUCCACGGGGGGUACUUUUCUCAAUCCCGUUUCCAAGAUUGUCUUUGAUGCUCUUAACGAGGGUGAUGGCAGCAAGACCAACCUGAGAACAAUGUUCUACCCAGUAACAAGUCAUCAACGGGGAGCAAAAAAAGCUGGAAUGUUGGUAUUCGUUCAUGGUGGCGGAUGGUUUGGUGGAGAACCUGACAACGUUCCAAGUGGCUGUUAUGCGAGUAUGGCCCAUGAACAUGGGUGGGCGUAUGCCGCGGUCGAAUACCGCCUAGGACGGAGCGGGUGGUCCGGAGAUGUCCAAGUUAAAGAUGUCAAGGAUGGAAUAAAGCAUCUCAUCAAAACGCACAGCAAGGAAGUUGAUGCUUCCAAAGUGGUGUUGGUUUCUUCCUCUGCUGGAGGGCAUCUGGCGCUAUUGGCAUCGUUUCAGCUAAACAACGAAAGGGCCAACUUGGACAACCCUGUAGUGGCUGGAGUACUGGCGGUGGCGCCAUCCACUUCGGUGGAUAUUGGAACGGGUAAGGACUCCAUUCCUGGCUGGGCGGGAUCUUGGUCUGAGGUAGGAGCUACCAUGAGAUUAUGUGAAGGGGUGGAAGAAUGCAACAAACGGCUGAGCCCCUUGGAACACGUGACGUCUUUUGCCCCCAAGACAAUCCUGUUGCACGGGGGCCAUGACGAAUACUACACAAAAAUACAUUCAAGAACUCUAGCAAAGAAGCUUUCGGAGCACAACGUAUCACACGUGCAUAUGGAGCCGCCAUUGAUGCCGCACUGCUUGGACGUUGCACACAAUACCAUUCCAUUCCAGAUGGCAAUGCACGCAACAAUUAACUUGAUGAAGUCUCUGUAG